UUGUAUAGUGUGUAUAUAAUAUAUAUAUAUAUAUAUAUAUAUAUAUAAAUGUGUGGGACAAACAUGUCCUAACUACAGGACGGAUAAAAGCCUCAAUAGAAUAGAAAACGCGAGUGUAAGAGAAACAGUAAAGAUGGAACUCGGCGUUACGACAGAUAUCGGAGGGGCGGUCGCAUGUCCUGUGUGUACAUUAUAUCUCAGAGAAGGUAUAAGUCUUCAGAGGCACUUGGACACCCAUCCAAAGGAACAAGUGAUAGAGGCACUGAUAAAAGCCAGUGGCUCGUCGUCAAGUUUGUCGUCUCUUCAGUUACCUCAAACCCAAGUGCCUCAGGUACCGCAAACCCUUCAGCCGUCACCGCCACAACAGCAGGUCAAUGCCCAAAGCUCAACUUCAGCACCAACAGCAGCAGCUGUUGCUGCUGCUCACAUUCCUACGCAGGCCCCGUUUCCUAUUGGUCCUGUCUUUGAGUGUCCACCGAUCAAUGCAAUGAUGCCACCGCAAUUUGCCUCUUUUAACUAUCAACAAUUUGUCAACAAUGGUACUAUGAUGAUUCCACAGUACGCGAUGGCACCACCUCAGGCCAAUCAGAUGAUGCAGAUGCUUUACAAUCCGUACAGCAUGUAUCAACAGCAACAGGUACCGACUGUUCAGAUGAUUUCACCGGUAUCAGCACUCCCGACGACUCGUAUCAGGCCGGUAGUUACUGUAGCUAAUGCUGAAACUAAUAGAAAUGUUAUUAUUUCAACUAGUACUAAUGAACAUAAACAAAUAAUUCCAGAGAUUAUUUCAGAGGCAAAUAUGGAAAGGAUUUUACCAGACAUGGAGAGUUGUGAAACUUCAACUCAACAGUCAACAGAUAUACGACAUGAUAAUAAUUGUAAUGAUAAUGAUAAUAAUAAUAUUUCUGUUAGACAAUUGGAUCAUCGAGAUCAACAGACCCAGAGUAAUUCACCAAGGCCGGUUAUAAAUAACAGUGAAAUUGUGAGAAAUGACACUGUCUCAGUGGUCUGUGAAUCACCAGCUUCUGAAGAAGAUAAGUCCGAGAGUAUUCUUCCAGAUAUGGAGGAACCUGAGCUCGAUAUUGAUGCUGAUAUUCAAUGUAGAAAUGAGCAACAACAACAACAACAACGACAACAUCAUAAUCAAGAUCGACAUCAGAGAUUUUCAUCUACAUACAAUAGUCAAGCUGACAAUGAAAAUAGUAAUACUGAUACGCGAUUAAAUCACCUUACAGAAGAUCAAGAUAAAUUGGAGUCUCAGGAAUCAUUGAGCUCAGAAAAAUUGAAGUCAUCAGAGUCUAUUGAAUUACAAGUUAAUUCAGCUCCAACUCCAAUAAUUAUAGAUACUUGUCAGAAAAAUGAAGAAGAUCAUCUGGAACAUCUUCUUAUUACAAUGAUUGAGUCAGGUUUUGUCGAGACGCAUGAAAAAACAAAUGAUGAUGAUGAUGAGCCCAUUCAAGAAUCUAACCUAAAAAUAAUUAAAACUGCACAGCAAAAUGAAGAACAAAUGGAAGAAGAAUCUGAAAAUCAUCUUACUCCUGAAGACAUUAAGUAUAUUAAUAACACCGAAGCUUGCGUAGAAACAGAAAAGUGCAUUGACACAAGUAUUAUUGACGAGUGCGACUUUGACUAUGCAUAUCGGUAUAAACAUAGUUUAUCAGCGCCUGCGUCUCCAGUAUCAGCGUCAAAAAAAAUAUCACAUUCUUAUUCAACGAGAUCUGAAUGUGGUUCUAAUGAAAAUCUUAAUUUUUAUCCAGCUGGUUUUGACGCAUCUACAUUGCAAGUUGAUGUUGAUGAUGAAGAUGAAGAUGAGGAAGACGACGACGAUGAAGAAGAGGAUGAAGAUGAUGAUGAUGAUGAUGAUGAAGAAGAGGAGGAAGAGGAAGAAUCUAAACAUGUAGGUGAUAAUUUUGAUGAAGAGGAUAUGGAGAUUGAAGAAAUAGCUAGUCCCCAUACACCAUUUGCCAAACAAAAUGAUGAUGAUUUAGAUAAUGUACGUUCUCAUACGCCAUUAUCCGCUAUCAGUGGUAUCUCUGGUCUUCGAGUACGCAGAGAUCUCAGCAAGCCGUCAUCCCCUGUAUCAAUCCGGUCAUUUGGUCAAAUGGAAGCUGACAGUCAUGAUGAAGAGACCAACGACUCUGUUAUAAGUCAACAUAAAAAUUCAGCUAAUUGCUUACAAGUCGACAACAACGCAGCAGUAAGAUUAAAUCGUGAUGAAUCUCAAGGUGCCGGCAUUGAAACUGCAAGGAAAUCCGAGAAUAAUAGUAAUGGCAUCUUUCAUCAGUCGGUCAUUACGGAGCACGUUAGCUCAUUUCCAGCAAUUCACUCGCAACAAUCAAUCACCAAUGAAAAUUAUACGAUAUGUAGUAAUAAAAUUACAACGCAUCAAUCAAAUUUAACUUGUGGUUUGUCGCAAGCAACUGACCCUACGACAAGUAUUGAAUCUAAGAGUUUCCAGUCAACAAUAACUAAAACAGUAAAUCACAUACCAACGACCGAGCUUCUUAAUAUCAAUGAAGAUGCACAUUCAGGUCCUAUGAAUGUAUUUGAAUUUGAUGGACUUCAAAUUCUCGUUCCUAGUACAUUUAUAAGUGAAUCAUCACAGAAAGCAAUUAGCGCAACGAGUCAACAAUCAAUGGCAAGCAGUGAAGGUGGUACGGGUAUCGAUGAAGAAGUAAAGAGUGUCAACAUGCGGGCAGACGAGACAAUGCCACCAAGGGGAGAGCUGUCUGAACAGGAAAGCAACGGCUGCACAGAACAUUCGGCUUGGCAGCUGUAUGUUGGUCAAGAGUCUUCCCGUAUGUCGACAUCGUACGAUUUGAUGGCACGUGAAAGCUGGGAAGAGUCAGAAGGAUCUGAUAAUGAAGCCGGGGUUCCACUGUUAGACAGUCGUUCGCUCGCUACCCACUUUACUUCAAGCUUAUUUCUUGAUCGAGACAGAAAAACACCGACAAAACAACGUACAUUCAAGUGCUCACAGUGUACAGAGGUUUUUGACUGCCCGAAAGAACGUCGUGUUCACAGUACAACAGUACACAAAGAAGCUGGUCCAAGUAACAGUUGCAGUAACAGUGGUAUUAACGAACAGUCUGAAACAAAAGACAUAAAACUUCUCGAUGGCCCCAUGAAUCCUUUUGAGGAUAUAUUUGUUCCUGGUCUACAUGUUCAACAGGCCUAUCAACAGCAACAGCCGUUGCUACAUCAAAUGCAACCACCACAACAAUUAACAGACAUAAGCAAAGUUGAAGGGGAUGAAAAAUCUGAAAGUCUAGCUUUAACACAAGGUAUAGAAAUUUCCUGUGCUAUGUGUACUCAACGUUUUAGUUCUGAACGAAGUUUACAGAUGCACAAUAGAAGGGUUCAUGGUACAGAGGUUGCACGACGUCUUCAUGAUAUUUCAAAGUGUCAAAUAUGCAACGAAGAAUUUCCCUCAGUCGCUUUAUUUAACGCUCAUUUAAAAAUUCAUCCGCUGGAGUGUUCACAGUGUGGUAAAUAUUUCUAUCGUAAACAAAAUUUCAAAUUACAUAUGAAACGUCAUCUUGGUAUAAAACCAUUUCCAUGUACUAUUUGCGAUAAAGCAUUUUUAACAAAACAAAAAUUAGAUGAACAUACGAAUGGGCAUACAGGUAAUGCACCAGUUAAAUGCAACCUCUGUAAUGAAACAUUCCGUAGAUACUCAAAUUUAACUCAACAUAAAAAUCGUCAUCAUUUAAAUAUAAAACGUAAGUUGAAAGAUUAUAUAUGUCACUGUGGUGAAGUAUUUCAUACUAAAAAGAAGCUUGCUUGGCACAAGGAAACACACGAUGAGAAACCUAAAGCGUGUACCUAUUGUAAUGAAAGAUUUAUACACAUGGCUAGUUUAACACGUCACAUGAGACGUGCUCAUAAUCGUCGUUUUGUACCAGAUGCUCAACGGGAAAAUGAAAAUGUCGAGUGUCCAAUAUGUAAGUGCAUAUAUCUACGUUCAUCACUGUCAGUUCAUAUGCGUGUACACAAUGGUGAACGUCCCUACGAGUGUCAGGUGUGUUCAAAAGCAUUCAGUACCAAGUGGAAUUUACAAUUACAUAAAUGGACUCAUGCAGCACGUAGCACCAAACCCUUUAAGUGCAAUCAGUGUAGCGCUGCGUUUUAUCGUCACAGUGACUACACGGCACAUAUGAAUUCUCACAGAAAUGUCAGGCCAUAUACGUGUAAUUAUUGUGGCGCUCAAUUUAUAAGAAAAUACAAUUGUUUAAGACAUGUUAAAGAACAUGAAGAAAAUAAAGCAUACACGUGCGAUGUAUGCAAUAAAACUUUCCACCGAUCAUACUAUCUUAAAGAGCAUUUACGUGUUCAUAGUGGUGCACGACCAUAUACGUGUCACAUAUGCGGCAAAUCAAGCAGUACCAAGUCUAAUCACAAUAAGCAUGUAAGAAUUCAUCAUGCUCGUGAGCCUGUAAAUACCGAAAAUUGA